AUCUGCACGUUCCUCCAGGGGGUGGGUGAGGGAGCUGGAGGUCAGUGUGACAGGGACAGUCCCUGGGGGGAGAGAGAUGAGAAAAGCAGGAAGGGGAUUGGGGCUGCACACUGAUGUCUCUGCAAUGAAGGGUGCUGCAUUGGAAACUGCCCUCUGCUCCUGUGGAGCUCAGGGACUUUUAUGUCUGUGUGUGUGCGCAACGCUGUGUUGUUACGGGCUAAUAAUGUGAAGGAUUGUGAACGUCAGUGUCGAGCUGGCUGUGCUCAUGACUAUCACAGCAGCAGCCGCAGAGGGAGCUGACACACACACACACACACACACACAGAGGAACAUCCUGCAGACUGCUCCUGACACUCACCAGCCUCACACAGAGAGAGAGAGAAUCUCCUGCCAUUCUCUCCCCUCCUCAGCCCCCAGCUCUUUAUUUUACUGAGGUUUUUUUUGUUGUUGUUCUGACAGCACUCUGGGUCUGUCCCUACCUCCCCCAGUGACUCCCUGGGUCAUGGCCGGGGACCAUGCUUUAGAAAGCGAGGGUUAUUAAUCCCUCCCCUGCCCUCCCAGCUGGGAGGGGGGAGAAGCUGAGGAAACAUCUCCCCAUCUGAAGGUGGAAGAGUUCUCUCAUGUGCAUCCCUGGGCGGUAGUUAGCAGGGGAGGGUUGGGGUGGGUUUUUAUACACACAGGGGAAUGAAUGGACCAGGCUGGAGUGAGUUAGAGUGAGCUGUGUCCCUCAAUGUCCCGCCUUGGGGGCUGCCUGUUGCUCACCCUCUGCCUGUCCCUACUACUGCCUGCUGCUGCGGCUAUGGGCUGUAUUAGCAGCCUAGUGUGUAAACCCCGAGUCUGCCGUGAAUCCAUCUGCCUCAAGGAACUCUCCGCCACCAUCGACGCCAACCCCACGGUCAUCGACGAGAGCUCGGACAUUGUGCUCCGGUACCGGACCCCGUAUUUCCGAGCGACCGCCCGGGUCUGUGUGCCCCCCAUCCUCCGGGCCGAGACGUGGGUGGUCGGCUGGAUCCAAGCCUGUAACUACAUGGAGUUUUACAACACGUACGGGGAGCUGGGCAUGUCCAGUUGGGAGCUGCCUGAUCUAAGAGAAGGGAAUAUUUUGGCAAUAAGUGACUCUGAUGGAGUGAACUACCCCUGGUACGGGAACACCACGGAAACCCACACCAUAGUGGGACCCACCAAAAGGGAGGUGCGCUUUACAGUCAGCAUGAACGAUAACUUCUACCCCAGUGUGACAUGGGCUGUGCCAGUCAGCAGGUCGAACACCCCCCAGCUCACCAGCAUCAUGAGGGACCAAAGCUUCACCACCUGGCUGGUGGCCUCCAACGCGGGCACGGGCGAAAUCAUCGUCCUGCAGACCAUCAAGUGGAGGAUGAAGCUCCACAUCGCCGUGGACCCCAGCAAAGCGCUGGGGGAGCGGGCCGUGCUGCUGGAGCCCAUCGAGCAGGAGACCCCCUUGAUCCUCAACAGGAACGAGCCCAUUGCCCCCAACGCCCUGAGGAAACCGAACGCCAACGACGCCCAGGUCUUAAUGUGGCGGCCCACCGGAGGGCAGCCCGAAGUGGUCAUCCCCCCGAAAAUCUGACAGGUGACAGCGAAUGAUUCGACUCAGGUCGGACAUCAUGGAGAGGGCAGUGGUGGGGUGGGGGCGGUAAUAGAGGUCCCCAAAGCGACACGCCUUGAUGCACAGAAAUACAACCAUUCUACCUUGACCUGGAAACGGUUGUCGGGGUGUGCGGAGACCGUCACUGUGCUGCAACACGAUUGGUUAACUCAGCUCAAACAAAAGGCCAUCGCACUGUGGGAUCAGCUCAUCACAAAGAGUCUUCCUCUGCCCCGUCUGCUCUCUUCUCUGCACAACCCCACAAAACUUCACUUCAAAAUCCUGUCUGAAACUGGAACUGCACUUGAACAUGAACCUUUGCGAUUUUAUUUGUUUUUUUUUAGUAAAAGACAAACCUCUUCUUGCCAUGCUGCCUUAAGUUAGCGAAAACAUCUCAUUGCAAAUGUUUGCCUUAAGAGAAAAGUGGGUCAAAGCAUUUCAUCGUGAGCAUAGACUGAACGCGGUCUCUUUAAUAAGCUGCAAUAUAUAACUGCAACCCAGCCUGUUUCAUCUCCAGAUUGUUUUCUCACGUGUAACCCUGAAUUGUUUCGGUAUAAACAGGGAGGUUGCAAAAAACAGGGGAAUCUCCUCAAUGUCAUUAUCACUUCAGACUUUUAAUGAAUGGUGACCAUAGCAACAUAUACAAUAGGAGCAGGAGUAGGCCAUUUGGCCCCUUGAACCUGCUCCCCUAUUCGACAUGACCAUGUCCACGGGUUUCAACUAAAUGAUCAACUCGGUCAAACUGAAAUUCACCUCAGUUGUCCACAAUCAGCGUUACUAAUCUCUGGAGGAUUACUGAGUUGUUAUUGAGAGUAGUAAUUUUUCCAUUUACACAAAGCUACCACAGUUUCAAAGUUCUGUGCUACAGCUGGGUAGUUACCAGUUAAUGAGUCCCGACUCUCUCUCUCUCCCUCCCUCUCUCUCUCCCUUCCCCAGGGAUCUGGAUGGUGACCUUUCAAACCCCAGGUGCCUGGGGCUGAGUUGGAAGACCACACUUGUGCACACACACGACCAGAUGGACUGAAUGUCCCCCCUCCCACACAGUUACCGCAGGAAUAUCUGCUGGGUUUUGUUUGUAUCUGUGUGUGCACUUUCCUGGAUUAGAUUUUUACUGUCCCCCCCCCCCCCCCACAUCCUAAUCAUAAAAUGGGCAUCAUUCACAAACUAGGAAGCAGACCAUUCAGCUCACACACUGUUCAUGCACACCAUGCGGGUCUCCCCUAUUUCACACCAUCAGCAUAUCCACCUAUAUCUUUAUACCUCAUGCAUUUAUCCAACUUGCCCAUAAAUACAUCGACGCGAUUCAGUGCAACGAUUCCCCUGUGGUGGCAGGUUCCACAUUCUAAACUCUCUCUGGGGAAAGGUGUUUCUUCUGACUUCCUGAUCGGAUAGAUUAGUGACCGUUAAGGGACGUGGAAACAUCUCUGCACUAUUGGACCCCCAGUCAGUUUUAAAGACCUCCAUCAUGUCGCCCGUCUGACACUGCACUGACAGGAGAACCUUCAUUGAGGGACUUAAAGCCCCCAUGUAUCAUGGACAAUGUGACCAGACCAAAACCAAUUCUGAGGCAUCAAGUGAUAGCCAGUCUGUCACAGGUAAGAUACUCGGCACAUUUUGUUUCUGGGACAGAGGUCUCCCGUGUGUCAGAUUGUGUAGCUAAUGAUGUAAUGCAUCAAGACUUGUGUCUCUGUGCUGCUCCCCUCAUUAUGCACCAAGGACACCAACAGUAUUAAGGGUUAAUCAAGUCGAUAAUGUUAUUUAUUGAAUCCUGUGGCUGUAAAAUUUUUGCAAAUGAUUUUGAGUUGGGUGUGUGGAGGAUGUUGCUAAUACUGUGAUACACUGCAACACUCACGCCCUGACACUUGAGUCUGAGAUGGGUCUGUUUUCAUCUGAAGCUGUGAAAACUGCACAACAAAAACAAAGGAAAAUGCUCUUUGA